CGACUCGCACGGUUAAAAAAAUGAAGUUCCUCUGGCUGCUGUUAGUGGGCGUUGUUGCCGGGCAACCUUGUGAUAAGCUCUGUCCCAUCACAGAUAACUUCGGAUGUGUCAGCAAGGACAAUAAAUGCUUUUAUACCGUUCGCAAUCCAUGUAUUUUGAAGGCCAUUAACUGCUAUCGGAAAUCGAAGAGCUUAUCUGCUCUGAAGCCCAUUUUGCGCAGCAAGUGCACCAAUAAGGAAGUUCCAGUUUGCGAUAAUAUCAAUAAAUAGUUACAUUGAUGUAUAAAUAUAUACAUAAACUAUAAAAUUUCACUAUUGAUUAUGGCUCUUAGCAAACAAAAAUCGCAGCUAAAUCCAAUAAAGGUGUGUAGUGCAUAGAAUUUGGAAACCAAGUUA